ACCUGUUGCUUUACUUUUUCUGACUUUACAAACCCAAAAAAAAAAGCUUAAAAAAAUAAUAUUAUAAAGAAUCCUAAUAAUUCUUUCUUGCGCUCUCAUUCUCAUUCACUCUACACACUCGUACUCGUACUUAACCUCUCAUAUCUUAUACACACUCACGCAUUCACUUCUAUUUCACCACUCUAACAAAUAUCUGAAAAUGAACAUUGCUGACAUGCUAAACCCAUCCGCAGUAGCCGAUGAUACGCCAACCUUCAAGCAGACCUGCUUUCAAUUGACCUCUCCUCCACACUCUCCCACCCACAAAACGAAAGAAAGAGCGUACUCUCUUUCUGCAGCCAGCAUAAAUGGCAAGGCACGCAGUCGGUUCUCCGACCUUGAAGACACCAUUAUAUGCGAUGGCGUUGCAAACGGACUGACAUGGGGGCAGAUCUCGAGACAACUUCCACACCGAAAGAGAGCAACUUGUUUUAAUCGAUAUAGAACAUUGCAAGGAAUUCGCAAGUCACGCAAGUCUCUUCUUUUACUUGACUCAGAUCAAGAACCUACGACCACAACCACAGCGAAUACUAUCGCAGCCAUAACCACAACUACAGCCACAGUCACCAAUACAAACGUACCUACAGCAACAGGUACAGCAACAGGUACAGCAACAGGUACAGCUACAUCUACAGCUACAAGACCAUUUGUGCGUCACUCCUUGUCUCCAUCUUCACUGGUAUCGGGAUUCUCGCCUUCAUCGGUUGGCUCUUGGCUACCAAUCACUCCGCCAAGCCGAACAUUUGAAGACAAUGAAUUGCCCUCUCUAAAGAAAGAUGGCCACGGCUUACAACGCAGUCUAUUCGGCGAUCUCAGUUCCGAAAACGCCCCUUCACACCGCCCCCAACACAAACCCAUUUCUGGACAGCAAAAACUAUCCAAACCCUUCCGUUCGUCACUCAUCCACCCCUUUGUGACCUUUCCGCUUAGUAAACACACCAGUCCACCAUCGUCUCCAAUCCCUUACUACAGACGUUUUUCAUCUUAACAUAUAUAUAUAUAUACAUACAUACACUUCUUUACUAGGCUGGUUGACCAGGUCUUUCUCUGUACAGAAAAAAAAACUUAACAUCCACAAAUACCCUACUCACAUAUUAUUAUUAUUAUUAUUUUUCUUUAAAGAAAAACACACCCACCCACUCACCAACCCACAUACACACACUUUCAUUUACAUUUUCAUUUUCAUUUUCAUUUUCAUUUUCAUUUUCAUUUUCAUUUACAUUUACAUUUACAUUUACACUUACACUUACACUUACAUUUACACUUACAUUUGCACUUACAUUUACAUUUACAUUUACAUUUACAUUUCUGUUCCCCUUGAUAUUCUUUUAUGUCUCAAUUGUUAUGUAUCAUAAUUCAGUAAUUUAUAUAUAUAUAUAUAUAUACAUAUAUUUUUUUUAUUGAAAAAGAACAAGAUUC